CGGGCCUCAGGGAGAAGGCAGGCAGGACACGCCCUGCCAAAGCCUCGGCAGAAGUGGCAACGGACGCAGCUGGCUCGUGGCGCUGGGGGAGAAGAGGACCCCAUGCAGGACGCCAGGGGCACCCGUCCUGGCAGCCCAGGGGGUGCUGGAGACACACGGGGGCUGAGCCUGGGCCAGGGUGAGAUCGUCUUCGGAGGGUCUGGGAAGAAGCGAGGCAAGUUCGUGAGGGUGCCCAGCGGCGUGGCCCCGUCUGUGCUCUUCGACCUGCUGCUGGCCGAGUGGCACCUGCCGGCCCCCAACCUGGUGGUGUCACUAGUGGGUGAGGAGCGACCCUUCGCGUUGAAGCCGUGGCUGCGGGAUGUGCUGCGCAAGGGGCUGGUGAAGGCGGCUCAGAGCACAGGAGCCUGGAUCCUGACCAGCGCGCUCCGAGUGGGCCUCGCCCGCUACGUCGGGCAGGCCGUGCGUGACCACUCCUUGGCCAGCACAUCCACAAAGGCCCGCGUGGUGGCCAUCGGCAUCGCCUCGUUGGGCCGCGUGCUGCACUGCCGGCUCCUGGACCAUGCCCAGGGGGACGGCCCCGUGCACUACCCCUUGGACGACGGAGGCAGCCAGGGCCCCCUCAGCCCCCUGGACAACAACCACUCCCACUUCAUCCUGGUGGAGCCGGGGGCCCCCGGGAAGGGCGACGAGCCCACGGAGUUGCGGCUGCGGCUGGAGAAGUACAUCUCGGAGCAGAGGACAGGCUACGGGGGAACCAGCAGCAUCGAGAUCCCCGUCCUCUGUCUGCUGGUCAACGGGGACCCCAGCACCCUGGAGAGGAUUUCCAGGGCCGUGGAGCACACCACGCCGUGGCUGAUCCUGGCGGGCUCAGGGGGCGUCGCGGACGUGCUCGCUGCCCUCGUGAACCAGCCCCAACUCCUGGCGCCCCAGGUGGCCGAGAAGCAGUUUAGGGAGAAGUUCCCCAGUGAGCACUUCUCCUGGGAGGACGUCGUGCGCUGGACCGGGCUGCUACAGACCAUCAUGUCCCACCCACACCUGCUCACCGUGCACGACUUCGAGCAGGAGGGCUCUGAGGAGCUGGACACGGUCAUCCUCAAGGCGCUGGUAAAAGCCUGCAAGAGCCACAGCCAGGAGGCGCAGGACUACCUGGACGAACUGAAGUUGGCCGUGGCCUGGGACCGCGUGGACAUCGCCAAGAGCGAGAUCUUCAACGGGGACGUGGAGUGGAAGUCCCGCGACCUGGAGGAGGUGAUGAUGGACGCGCUGGUGAGCAACAAGCCCGAGUUCGUGCGCCUCUUCGUGGACAACGGCGCGGACGUGGCGGACUUCCUGACCUACGGGCGGCUGCAGCAGCUCUACCGCUCCGUGGCCCCCAAGAGCCUGCUCUUCGACCUGCUGCAGCGCAAGCACGAGGAAGGCCGGCUGACGCUGGCCGGGCUGGGCGCCCAGCAGGCCCGGGAGCCGCCCGCCGGGCCACCCGCCUUCUCCCUGCACGAGGUCUCACGGGUGCUCAAGGACUUCCUGCACGACGCCUGCCGCGGGCUCUACCAGGCGGAGCGGGGCCCGGCCCGGCGGGCUCCGGGCCAGAAGGGGCUGCUGGACUUGAACCAGAGGAGCGAGGACCCCUGGAGAGACCUGUUCCUGUGGGCGGUGCUGCAGAACCGCCACGAGAUGGCCACUUACUUCUGGGCCAUGGGCCAGGAGGGGGUGGCCGCCGCUCUGGUCGCCUGCAAGAUCCUCAAAGAGAUGUCCCACCUGGAGACAGAGGCCGAGGUGGGCCGGACUCUGCGGGAGGCCAAGUACGAGCAGCUGGCCCUGGACCUCUUCUCCCAGUGUUACCGCCACAGCGAGGAGCGCGCCUUUGCCCUGCUAGUGCGUCGGAACCGCUGCUGGAGCAGAACCACCUGCCUGCACCUGGCCACCGAGGCUGACACCAAGGCCUUCUUUGCCCACGACGGGGUGCAGGCCUUCCUGACCAAGAUCUGGUGGGGGGACAUGGCCUCGGGCACCCCCAUCCUGCGGCUGCUGUGCGCCUUCUUCUGCCCGGCCCUCAUCUACACCAACCUCAUCACCUUCAGCGAGGAGGCCCCUCUAAGGACAGGCCCAGAGGACCUGCAGGAGCUGGACAGUCUGGACACGGAGAAGAGCCUGCUCUGCGGCCUGGGCAGCAGGGCAGAGGAGCUGGCUGAGGCGCUGAGGAGGGAAGGUGGCCGAGGCCGGAGAGCCGCCUUCCUGCUAACACGCUGGCGCAGGUUCUGGGGGGCGCCCGUCACCGUGUUCCUCGGGAACGUGGUCAUGUACUUCGCCUUCCUCUUCCUGUUCACCUACGUCCUGCUGGUGGACUUCCGGCCCCCUCCCCAGGGACCGUCAGCGUCUGAGGUCACCCUCUACUUCUGGGUCUUCACGCUGGUGCUGGAGGAGAUCCGGCAGGGCUUCUUCACAGACGAGGACAUGCGCCUGGUGAAGAAGUUCACGCUCUACGUGGAGGACAACUGGAACAAGUGCGACAUGGUGGCCAUCUUCCUGUUCAUCGCCGGGGUCACCUGCAGGAUGCUGCCCUGGGCCUUUGAGGCUGGCCGCACGGUGCUUGCCCUCGACUUCAUGGUGUUCACGCUCCGGCUUAUCCACAUCUUCGCCGUCCACAAGCAGCUGGGCCCCAAGAUCAUCAUCGUGGAGCGGAUGAUGAAGGACGUCUUCUUCUUCCUCUUCUUCCUGAGCGUGUGGCUUGUGGCCUACGGCGUGACCACGCAGGCGCUGCUGCACCCACACGACGGCCGCCUGGAGUGGAUCUUCCGCCGCGUGCUCUACCGGCCGUACCUGCAGAUCUUCGGGCAGAUCCCGCUGGACGAGAUCGACGAAGCCCGUGUGAACUGCUCCCUGCACCCGCUGCUGCUGGAAGGCUCGCCCUCCUGCCCCAACCUCUACGCCAACUGGGUGGUCAUCCUCCUGCUGGUCACCUUCCUACUGGUCACCAACGUGCUGCUCAUGAACCUGCUCAUCGCCAUGUUCAGCUACACGUUCCAGGCGGUGCAGGGCAACGCGGACACCUUCUGGAAGUCCCAGCGCUUCCACCUCAUCGUGGAGUACCACCAGCGCCCCGCGCUGGCGCCCCCGUUCAUCCUCCUCAGCCACCUGAGCCUGGUGCUCAAGAGGCUCCUGCGGAGGGGGGCCCCGCAGAAGCGGGCGCGCCUGGAGAGGGACCUGCCAGAGCCUCUGGACCAGAAGGUGGUCACCUGGGAGGUGGUGCAGAAGGAGAACUUCGUGAGCGAGCUGGAGAAGCGCCGGAAGGAGAGCCAGGAGGAGCUGCUGCGGAAGGCGGCGCACAGGGUAGACGUCGUAGCCAAGCUCCUCGGGGGCCUGAGGGAACAGGAGAGGCGUGUCAAGCGUCUGGAGUCUCAGGUCAGCUACUGUGCAGCGCUCCUCUCCUCCGUGGCUGAGUCACUGGCCUGCGGCAGCGCCUACUGGAACUCUUGGAACUCCAGCAGCGGGAACCCACCAGCCUCUGCUGACCACGGAGCGGCCCUGGGUAGCAGGGAGCGCCCAGAGGCUGGCCAGCCACCCUCCAACCCCUGAGCCACCUGGACGUCAGCACACGGAGCCCUGCGCUCCGAGGGGCCCAGGCCUGGGGGGCACAGCCGUUGGCUGCUCAUCCUGGGCCUCGUGGAGAUGCCAGCACACCCCCCACCAGUUGAGCACCCCCAGCGGGAUGUACCACCCUCGUCCUGCCCAGCACCUCCUCAGGCCUGGGAGUGCAGCGGUGUGUGUCAUGGGCCCCCCGACAGACUCCCGAACCCCAUCCAGAGCCAACCAGCUGGGGCCAGAAGAGCAGGCCUCACUGAAUGCCUUGUGGGGGGCCUCCCUUUAGGAGGGCAGCUGCCUUGGGGUCUACACCCAACCCGUGUCACCCACCAAGAGACUGGUCUUUUUCUGAAACGUUUGUAGUUGGACCCUCUGUCUUCAAGACCCAGGCUGAGUGUUCAGUGUGUGUGUCGGUGGCCGCCCCCACGCCUGACAGCGCACAUGGCGAGUGCUGGGCCAUCCCGUCUGGGUAGUGGCAGCAGGUCACCACCCCAAGAGGACCCGCCGCCACCCCUGAAAACUGCUUUACGUUCAGUGGAGCCGGGAAGGCACACCCACACCUGGGGCUGCAGUCCCAGGCAGAGGGGAACCCCGGAGGCGUCCGUUUAGUGAAGCACGUGACAAGGGAUGGGGUCCAGGCCCUUCUGAGAACCCCACACAAGGAGAGUGGGCAGCCAGGCUGUCUCCCGUUCCCAUGGGGACCUGGAGCCCUGGGAUAGGGGACACAGCAGCAGGGCCAGGCCGGGGCUUAACAGCAGUCACGGGAGACGCGCUGGCUCCCGUCUGCCUCCCCACACCGUCUGGGGACCGGGCUCAGCGCCCUGCACAGCAGUCGGCUGUCCUGGCGACACCGGUCCUCCCCACACGGGGGCGGCCCAGCGUGCGGGGCCACCGGCGGCCGCUUCCCGCCCACGCUCACUCCGCUCUCCCCAGAUCCACUACAUCACCCCCCGGCCCCAGCCCUCAUGCAAGCAGCUGCGACUCCUCCCCGGGAUGGGCUGGGGUCUCAGCCUCUUGCUCGGUACAGAGAGGGACUCUCCUCAGUCCAACAGAAAGACCUCCUCCUGACGAGCGCAGGACGAUGGGGCCUGGACAGCGGAGUGUCCCGGCUGCGGUCCCUGGGGGAGAGGUGGUCCACACAGACACACGGAGCCAGAGGAACACGCAAGGCCUUUACUGUCUCCCGGGCAGAGGAUGGGUCGGGCCUCCACCACCCCCAGCCCACACCCUGGCGAAGUCUCUGCUCCCUGGUGGCACCUAGAGGCAGCCGGCGGGCCGGCUCGCUGCCCUGGAGCCCUGAGCCCGCUCCAGCCC